AUGAGCAAGAGGUUCCUUCCGAAGACCAUGUUCCUGGCAGCCGUAGCCCGACCGAGAUAUGACCUGCAUCGUAAGUGUUGUUGGAACGGAAAGCUGGGACUGUGGCCACUGUCGCAGGAGUACAUCGCCCAGAGAAGCAGCUGUAACUGCCCCAAAGGAACUGUGUGCACACGCAAUAUUGAAGUGGUGAAUCGAGCUGUUUACAAGGACUUUCUUAUUUGA